AUGAGAGGUUUUAAUUCUACACAAAACACAAAUAAACACAUGCAAUUACAGUUACAUUAUUUAACAGAUUCAUUGAAAGUGUUUGACAAUGUGGAUGAAUGUGAACAGUGUAUUAUCCACACAUUAGAUAAUAAAAUAAUUCUUAUAGUUUCUGUUAAAGAACAGCUUAAACUAUCAGAAGAGAAUCUAACCGUUUACCGUGGACAAGGCUUGUCUCAAGAUGAAUUGAAUAAAAUGAAGUCCAGUCAACAUGAAUUUAUUUUAAUGAACAGCUUUUUAUCAACAAGUAAAGUUAGAGAUGUUGCCGUACUGUAUGCUAAAGCGAUCGAUUUCACAAACAAAACAUUGCAACCAGUUUUAUUCGAAUUCAAUAUUCAUGCAGAGCGUCAAAAUGCUAAGCCGUACGCUGCUAUAUCCGAUUUAAGCUAUUAUGAACUUGAAGAAAGAGAAGUUCUUUUUAUGUUAGGCUCAUUAUUUCGUAUUGAAAAUGUACUGCACAACGAACAAGAACAAAUAUGGAUUAUAAAGCUAAGUUUAUGUGGUAGUCAACAAAACAAUGAACUAUUUGAUUUGAUGCGAAAAGAUUUUGGUGAAUAUUUUAAUUUACUUUCAUUUGCAAAUCUAUUAAAGAACAUGGGCGAAUAUGGGAAAUCAGAACAUUACUAUAAGCGCUUUUUAAAUGAACACUCGCCUAAUGAUGAUUCACAACUUCCCCAAUGUUAUUAUGGAUUUGCAACAAUUGCUUUUCAUAAAGAAGAAUAUAACUCAUCUUUGGAACUAUUUAAUACAAUACUAGAUCUAGAAAAAAAUGAUUUUUCACCUAUGACAGCCGAUAUUUAUAAUUGGAUUGGAAAUAUUGGAUUUAACAAAGGGGACUAUAACUGGGCUCUUGAGCAUUACGAGAAAGCUCUACGUCUUAAAAUGAAAAUGAGCAAUGUAGAUCAGCUAUCUGUAGCCACGAUACAUGGAAACAUUGGUGGAAUACAUCAAAUAAACAAGUCUUAUGCUGCAACACUUUAUCAAAAAUUUUAG